GAUUCAAGUAGGAGAGUCAGUGUCACUCUCUGCCAACGCAUAUAACAUAGACAACGCGCGCGCGAAGUGCCAAGAAACAAAGAGUAGACCUACCAGCCAGCUCAGGUUUUCAAGAUACAGUUACCCUCUUCCAACUAUAAGAUCCCAACUAGCCCUCCCUCUUAUUCCUCUCCCUCGUAUCUCUCUCUCACCGUUACUAGCCACCUCUGUUAUCUUUAUAGCUAUCUUCUUGUAGUUUUUUGUCGGCUCCAUAAUUCUCUUUUUAGCUCGUGUUGAAGGAUAUGGCAGAGGAGGAGACAAAGAAGGUGGAAACUGAAACCCCAUCAGAGACAACUCCUCCACCACCAGCUGAACCUGAACCUGAACCUGAACCUGUAGCUGAGGCUCCAAAAGAUGUGGCUGAGGAGAAAACUGUGAUCCCUCCUUCUGUUGCUGAAGAGAAGGUGGAGGAGUCAGAAGCAGUUGCUGUUAUUGAGACUUCUGAAUCUGCUGAGGAGAAAAAAGAGGGCUCUGUCAAUAGAGAUGCUGUUCUUGCAAGGGUUGCAACAGAGAAGAGGAUAUCACUUGUCAAAGCAUGGGAAGAGAGUGAGAAGUCCAAAGCAGAAAACAAAGCUCACAAAAAACUUUCUUCCAUUGCAUCAUGGGAGAACAGCAAGAAAGCAUCUGUGGAGGCUGAGUUGAUGAAGAUUGAGGAACAACUUGAGAAGAAAAAGGCAGAAUGUAUGGAGAAAAUGAAGAACAAAAUCGCAAUGAUUCACAAGGAAGCAGAAGAAAAGAAGGCGAUUGUCGAAGCUAAACGCGGGGAAGAUCUUCUCAAGGCUGAAGAGAUGGCUGGGAAAUAUCGUGCCACUGGAAGUUCUCCGAAGAAGCUUCUUGGAAUUUUUUAGGCUAUAACUUCUCAGGUUUGAUUGAAAAUUGUAUUAUUUGUUUAUUUUUAAGCCUUUAUUUGUUAGUGUUUGUUUGUUUAUAUGCUGUUUCAAAAGGGGAGAAUUGAGAAGUGUUCAUUUAUUCUGUUCGUCCAUGUUGAUGUAUUUGUGUGUAUAGAACAUUUCAAGAUGUUGUUUGGAAAAUUAACUUAAUGAGUUUGUAAGAAGCUUAUAUGAA